AUGGCGACUCCCAGUAGGGCCAAGACCACGGCCCAGAGCAGCGCCCUCCUCCUGGACAAGCUGUCGGCCGUCCUGCCCAAGGGCUACCGCUUCGGCAUCUACCACCUCUCGACUCCGCCCAUCAAAACGGAUGCCCUGUACUCAGCACCGCCCGACGAACGCGAGGAUAAGACGUACUGCGAAAGGCAUUUCCUCGCCGUCUCAAUUGACGUCCCGUCCAACACCACCCAAGCCAGCAAACCACCGAAGGACGAUGCCUCGAGGCCGGUCCUCAUCCUCGCCCUCGAGAUCUUCAUCUACACCACGGCAUACUCCAGCACCUUCUUCGUCGCAAAGGCCGAUUCGACGGGCUACCUGAAGCUUCUCAACCUUCCCAAAGGCACCGCGUCGCCCAUCAAAGAAGUCAGCAGUGUAUUCGUCUCCUACCUCGUCGAGCAGCGCAGCCGCAAGGGCAUCCAGUCGGUGGUCAGCCUCUUCGCCCGGGCCCAGGACCAAUACCUCUUCCCCGGGAGCGUCGAGUACAGCGGCAAGCACGUUCUCGACGACAGAGGACUCGUAAAGUGGUGGUGCAAGGUCCUCGACCCCUCCUGGAGAACCCCCCUCGUCAAAGGAUACCUUGUGAUUCCCGGGCUCGACAACUACGAAACCAAAGCCUUCUUACCAAAGCCUCCAAAAAGCGCCGCCAACUGGGUGCUGGGACAUGCGCUGGAGAAGAUUUCGCAUUACAGCAAAGAGUACGAUUGGGUGCCCGCGCGAUGCCUGAUUCCCCGCUUCCCAGAUGACCCCAAGUCGCGAUUCCGAGACGAAUUGGACGAAGAAACCGGAAAGUCAAAGCAGCUAAAGACCACGGGCCAGUGGAAAAGUGUAAAGAGCUUGGACACUUUUUGGGAGAUGAUGGCGUACAGGCAGGAAUGCUCCAGCGGGCGCCUGACUGGCUUCAUCUGGGUCGUCUUUGAUCCAGAGACGGAGCAACCGCCUCGGGACGGCGCUUCGACGGCUUUGCCGACGCCAAACCCUUCGUUUAAGGCGUCGAACCCGCCAGUGACGCCAACCAAGCCAAAGGCUGCCCGACCGGCGACGCCCAUGUCCACGCCACGCAAGCUGUUCCCUCAGGCGUCGUCUGGUACGCCGUCCAAGACGAAGCUGGAGAAGCUAGAGCGGAAAAACAAGAAGAAGAAGAAGAAGAAGCUAACGGGUAUCAUUAAACCUCGCCAACCGCGCAUCAAGACCCAGCAGCGCAACUACCUGUUGGACAAGCCCAUUUCCACUGCCUACUACUAUUGGCCGGCUGAAGGCAGGGGUCGCAAGAUUGUCGACGAGAACGAUUACAAGCGGGUCAAUGAGCUUCUUCUGCGCUUGGACUUUGCAAACCUCGACAUUGCAACCAGUGGCACCAGGCGAUGGAUCAGCGAAGUGGGCAUGGGCGACUCGUGGGGUUUGGAGGUUACGGGCACAAGGGAGACGCCGGCGCCCUCAUCGGACGAGUCGUCAUCUGGGACCGUGAAUAAUCUAGCAGGUCUUGUUAAGCGCAAACGCCCUGAAGAGUCUGCGAUCGAUGGGUCAGGUGAGCCGGCACACAAGGUUAACGUCCUUGGCACGGGCCUCAUCCGAAGGAAGUCCAAAGAAGAGACCGCGGGUCGUGUCGACGCCGAAAAGGCAAACAAUGGGGAACCUUUAAAAGCGAAUGUCCUAGGCGCGGGGUUGGUCCGCAAGAAACGUGACACGUGA